AUGGCUUCUUCCAACAUUUCUCUGAACACUACUGAUGAAGUUAAUCAAGAUUUGAUCAGUAAUCUUCCACCAAUCGCCACUGAAAAGAUUCUUAAAUUCUUGCCAAUUAAAAUGGCAGCUAGUAUGAGCGUGCUAUCAACAAAAUGGAAGGAUAAUUGGUUGUCUCUUAGACAUCUUGUCUUUGAUCGAACUUUCUGGGAAGAAAUCAUGAGAGGAUCACAACCUCCACAAGAUAACUAUGUAGCAGAAAAAACCAUUAUUAUUGUUAGCAAUAUACUCCUCCAUCACAACGGUCCAUUACAAAAGUUCCUUUUUUCUGUUCCACCGCGUUUUGUUCUGAAUCCCCCACCUCGUGACUUCAAGGGCUUUGCUGAUCUUCGUAGUCUUAAGCUAGACCGUAUUGAAUGCAAACCUGACAUUUUUGGGAGUUUGAUUGCAAGUUGUCCCAGGCUUACAUUGUUAAAACUUGUACAUUGCAUUGGCUUGAGACAUGUUAUUAUCAAUAUACCUAGUCUUGAAAGCUUAGUUAUUAUAGGCGUACUUGAUUACCUAAGUUUCAAAAAUGUUGCAAGUCUUACUUACAUCUCACUUUUAGAAGUUUAUAAAAUACCUAGAGGCAAAACCGAAGUAGUGGACUCUUUUAAGGAUCUUGCUACUUCAUGUCAACUUCAACAUCUUCAUUUUGGGGGUGAUCAGUUCUUGGCUACAGGUGGUGUUGCAAAAUCAUUUCCUCUGACAUUUAACCACCUCAGUAAGCUUUGUUUGACGGAACUCAACUUGGGUCGCCCAGAUGUUUAUCGUUUUGUUUUUCGUAUGAUUCCGAGCUGUCCUUACAUCAAGGAACUUGAAAUUUCGAUGGCUUUAAUUGCAUAUUUUGCAUUCGAUGAAAAUGCUCUGCCGCUGCAGAAACAUGAGUAUGAUGAUGACAACUUCAAGAUGCGCCAUCUUCUGAAGGUUAUAGUUACGGAUAUUAGAGGAUCAUUAGCAGAGCUGGAAUUCAUCAAGUACGUGCUUGCUAUAUCAGUCAUGCUAGAGAAGUUCUUCUUCAAGCUUUAUGGAUAUUUUUCUGGUGAUAAUUCAAAGAAUCUGGUGUUACUGAAUCUGCUGCAGCUCCCUAGAGCAUCUCCAAAGGCGCAACUUGUUUAUUUGAAGCAAUAG